AUGAUUAUAGAAUAUGAGGGGAAAACGAUUUGUCAAUACAAUGAAAAUGGGGAUUUACCAAAUGUAGAAGGAGUUGGUAUUGGUACACAAGCGUACAUGGCGAACAGAGCGGAGGCAUACAACCGAGUCAGACGCCACAACCUUCGUGCGGAUUUGGUGGAACAUGUCUUCAAUGUUCGAGUAAAUCCCAAUGUGGACAGUUUUUAUGAAGACGAGUUGUUCGACUCUACCGAUGAUGAGUCGGAAAUGUUUGAAGGAGAUUCUAGUGAUGAUUAUUACGACGUGGUUAGUGAUGAUGAUUAG